GUCGCGGGUGCCAGAGAGGGAGCACAGAGCUGGGUGGAUUUUUGCUACUCCUCCAGAUUUGGUCAUGGGAGUAUAUCCACAUUGGCCGUCCCAUUAUAGUUGGAUAUCAUGGCAUUGAUGGACAGCCACUGCCUGAUGAGCCUCCACGUCUGCUAGGACCACAUCAUGUACGGGGCGUGGACCCUCUAGGCCGUCGGUGGCUAUAUGCUGGUUUAUCUCGCAUGUCAUCCGCUACUGGCCUCGGUGUGUAUAGGGAUGCAUUGGAUCGGAUGUCAGAGGACCAGAUCACAUGGAUGCCGUAUAGACCUGAUAUGUUAGCAGAGUUGCCCCCAGCUGGCCGAGAGCAGACUCACAUAUGGCGAGCACGUGUGCCGCUGAUAUGUUUUGACAUUGUUGAGCUUCAUUUGCCUGAUAGAGUCAUGCGACAGUUUGGGUUUGAGCAGGUCAUUCCACGUCCUAUCGACACUUAUGUAGAGCUGCAUAGGCUGGAUAGGCGUGGGAAGCAUACAGAGGAUUGGGCACUCAGACAUGUCCGAUACGUGACUAUGUGGGAUAGGAGAGCUGAGCUAGCUGUGGCUGGGACACCCACAUAUGUGCCAUCAGUUUCAGGAGAUUACAUGGGAUGGUACUACAGCAUCACUCGGUUGUUUGUGUCUCCUUCGUUCAGACUCCCUACUCAUCAUUAUCAGCCUAGCUCAUUGGCAUUGCAUCUUACAACACGAGCUUUGCAGCGCAUACAUCAGCGGGCUACUGCCACUGUGACUGAUAUUCCUGAUGUGGACAUGUAUGGACAGACUCUGACAGGCAUUGCCUCGUUAUGCUCAGAUGUGUUGGGUCGAGUAGACUACGGACAUCUUAUACACAUGCCCGCAUCUCAGGAGAUGGCAUCCACGUCUAGUGCAGCUGCGGCUUCAUCAUCCCAGACGCAACAUGAGAGAGUGGUUCUUCAACCACGACAACGCCGUAGGCGUAGACAUGAGCAGCAACAUCUCCAUGACGAAGCUGAUGAUGGGAACUUGUAGUUUGUCUUUUGUAUUGUAGUUUUUCUUAUGCAGUAGAUGUUGUAGGAACAAUUUACAAGUUUUGAUGUAUUUUCUCUUGUUAAGUAUUCUAUGUUGUAUUGAUGUGUUCGAGUAUGAAUAUUAUAUGAUUAUUUGUUAUGGCAUAU